CUCAUCCUCCCUACCAACGCGUACAAUUGACUCUUGCCCUCUUCAUCACCAACAGCAUGUCACAGUCCUUUCCAUACCUCGCCACAGCUGCGAAGAAGUAUCGCUCCCCUCAUGCAGAGGAUCUCUCCUUUCCCAAGGGAGCGAGUAUCCGUGUCCUAAGCAUCGCGCCAAGAUCAACACAGGGGCAAGAAGAUGACGACGACGACGACGAUGAGGACGAGGAUGUGUGGCUGGUAGGAGAGAUGAAGGACGGGACUGCAAAGGGGACGUUCCCUGCUAAUUGCGUCGUCAAGGCGGAAGAGCAGGACGAUGAGGAGGAGCAAAAGGCGGAGGGAGGUGCAACGUCGGUGGUGCCUGCAGCAUCAGCAACUGCGACGCAGGAUGAAAGCAGCUCAGCAAAGGCAGCAGCGGGAACCAAAGACGUCGAGGUACCCUCCGUUUCCAAGGCGGCAAGUAUUGUAGCCAAAUCGGAUGAGCCACCAGCAGCAGCACAACCUUCAGCUCAGACGGCGCCAGCAGCCGAGCCCGCAGUCAAGGGAAUCGAAGAGCCUGCGCCUACACCUGCUGCCAAGGACACUGCCACCUCAGCAGACGAUGCUCCUGUCCCCAUCGAGGCGUCAGCAUCCCCGUCAGCCACCACAGCACCCGCAGCAAAAUCUGGCCCUCCUCCACCGAAACCCAAGCCCUCUGGCCUUGCAGCGCGGAUCGCAGCCUUCAACCAGCCGCAAGCGCAGCAAUCAGCCCCACCACCACUUCCUCGCGGGGGCAAGCCGGCCGGGUCGGGCGGUGGAUGGAAGCGACCUGCGCCAAAAGAGGGGGAGAAGCCUGUCCUGCCUGGCCAACCGCCGGCUGUUGCUGCGAAACCAGUCCCAGCACCCGCAGCAGCGCCGCCCUCAGAUGCGCCUAUAGCAGAGUCAUCCGCAGCUAGCGAUGUGCACAAUGCUUCACAGGGCGGACGAACAAAUGACGGCUUUUCAGCAGCGGACGCCGCUUCAUCUAUCAAAAUGUCGCUCAAAGAACGCAUGGCAGCUCUUCAACGUGGAGGGGGGGAGAGUGGUGGGUCAGAUGCUCCCGCAGCAGCAAAGAGCCCGCCCCCACUUGCUGCAAAGCCGGGCAGACUGACGAAAGAGCGCUCUGCGGCCGCGCUGGUUGGUGUAGGUGGCCCAGCUGGGCAGAGCGCUGAAAGCUUGACUACAGGCGCUGGUGAGAAGGGAGCCGACAGCGUCAAGAGCCCUGCUCCCUCUGCUUCUGAGCUUCCAGCUGGCGAUGAAGACGUGAACUCGUUGCGAAGCGUCACUGAGGGCGACGAACAAGAUAAGGCAGAGGACGCCGCCCCAUCCGCCCUAGAGGACGAGCCCUCCACAGAGCCUACUGAAGAGGAAUCAGAAGCACAGCGACGUGCUGCAAUCGCCCAACGUAUGGCUCGACUUGGCGGGCAGAGAUUCGGCGGGCCUGGACCAGCAAUGUUCGGUGCUCCUAAGCCGCCUGCAAAGAAGGCCAGCACGAGCAGUGCUAGCACGACGGGGGACGCGGUGCCGCAGGUCAAGACAGAAGAGGAGCAGCCAGCUCUUGUAGAAGCUGCGCCUCAGACGAGAGAUGAGCCUGCUGCAGGCGAGCCGACAGCUUCUGCAGAGGAGGAGCAGCCCAAGACGCUCAAUGUUCCGAGAAGGACGGCUCCCCCUAGAAGGAAGCGUAGCGCUUUGCCCUCGCCCGGUGCUGAAGGUGAAGGACAGGCUAGCAGUCCUGCCGCCGACUCCGCAGCGGCUGCACCAGCGGCCGCUCAGGACGCAGGCGAAGGCGAAUCCCACUCCGCAGGAGAAUCAACUAGCAAGGAGGAUGCGAAGGAAGCAGCCCUCUCUUCUGCCGCGCAGCGCGAAGUCGAUUCGGCGCCAGUAUCGCAGGAUGCCAUUCACGAUGCCCCAUCGGCUGACUUGCCAGACGAGGACCCCAGAGAAGAGGCCGAGCUCGUGUCCGGCGCCCCACCAAAGGAGCAAGCUGUCCAUACGGAGAAGGUCGCUAUUGAGGUGGGCAGUGCGGAGCGAGCACAGCAGCUUGACGAGCAAGGAGAGGAAGACACUACCAAAGGCACGGAGGUGCACGAAGAGCCAGAAGACGAUCAAGACGACGCAGCGCUUCGCCGCCAAUCUGAGCAGCUCAACUCUUUCCUCCGAGACCCUAGCAGGCAGCAAAGCAGCUCGAGUAUCGCUGCAUCAUCGCUGAAGGUGCCAAGCCGUGGUGCAACAGGAGCAGAAGCCGAUGAGUCGGGUAGCGAAAGUGGAGCCAUUCCAGCGGCGCUGGCGCAGCAGCUGGGGCUGGAGAUGACCAGCAAGGCAAACGAAGAUCGUGGGGAGACGAGUGAGGAGCCUGAGGAGCUCGGCGAUGAAACGGCGAUGCAGAGGGAUCAAGACGAGAAUGCGGAAGCCGCCGAAUCCGAAGAAGAGCAGCCGGUACAUUCCACCUCGCCACCCCCUCGUCCAAUCUCUACCUCGUCGACAUCGGCCGUAAAUCGCCCGCCAAUCCCCACGGGAUCAGGCAACAGGACCUCCAUCCCCCCGCCCGCACGUACCGCUCCGACGCCCACCCCUUCGGCGGGUGGCGUCGAGCGUAGCGACUCUCGCGCCUCCUCUACCCGGCCCCCUGUGCCGCGCAGCCCGCCUCCACCACCUCGAUCUCCGGGUAUGACUGGGUCUGGAUCGGGAUCAGGGCACGGAAUUUCGGAGGUUCUGCAGCGGGCUGACCAAGAGGACAACACCAAGGCAUCAGUUGUGAGCGGUGCAGCCCCCCUCGCCGCCCCAAGGCCCAGACAUGCCAUGCCCGCUGCUGAAGAGGACGACGACGACGACGACGACGACGACGAAGACAACGCCACCGCACCAGCAGCGGCUACACGAUCGACUGCUAUUGAGGGAAAAGACGCCGCCGUAGCUCCUACCACGGACGAGCCUGGUGAGGAGCAAGCAGAGGAAGCCGAGCCCGAGCUCACCGAGGAAGAGCAAGAAGCAGCCCGUCGUGCCGCCAUCGCCAAACGCAUGGCUGCUUUGGGAGGGCAACGUAUGGGAGGCUUGCCACCAAUCAUGGGCGCGCCCAUGCCCCCUAGGCGCAAGCAGACGAGCGAUGCGGCGCAGGAUGAUGCUGAUGAGACCGCUGCCGGUGCUGGCCAGGCUGAAGAGGAGCAGCCCGCACCUUCACCUGCUCAGCGCAAGCCUGGAGCCCCGCCUCGAGGUGGGAUGGCUAUUCCCGGGAUGACUAGGCCAGAGACACUUCAUCAGGAGGGAUACGAGGCAGAGCCUUCUGCUUCGCAACAGUCCGAGGACGAAGGGAUCGAGCCACACGGGGAAGAGGACGAAAUGGGCGAGCCCUCAGCCGCCGACGAGGACGACGAUGAACCCUCGGCGCCGAUCAAGCCCCUCAGUCCUCCUCCCGUCUCUCUGCCAACAAUGAUGGCAGCAGCAGCCCCUCGUCCCCCUACUCUCCCCAGCAGCCCGCCCCCACGCGCUCCAAUGAGCCCGCCACCUCGUCCACCCAGCGGGACUGCUCCUGCGCCUCCUGACGCUUCUCUCGAGCGACGUCGCUCAGCAGGUCGCCCACCUAUCCCGCAAGCUCAGGCUCCGCAGCCGCAGCAGCAGCAGAGGAGGCAGCCAUCGAUUGAGGAAUCGUUGAGUGGUACAGGGGGGUAUGAAGAAGAUGAUGAGGACCAAGUCCCGCCUGGUCAAGCGCCGGCCUCACCGCCACAAAGAUUGGCUUCGCCACCGCCUCCACCCAGGGCUCCGCCUAGGGUCCCGCCUGCUGCUCCUGGUGCCCCAGCGGCUGGAGUAGCGCAAUCCGGCUCGGCCUCAUCUCUCGACGCUGCCCAUCCGACGAGCUUCGCUGCUCCUGCUUCCCAAGCACAGUCCUCCUCCCCGCAGGACCUCGACCUCCUCCCGCACACCGCCUGGUGGCGUUCUUCGCCACUCACACUCCCGCCCACCAUCACGUCCAGACCGGAUACGACCGUACUCUUGAUCGACCAUCCGAUGCAAGACAUCCUGCGGGUCGUCCUCCUCUUCGAGGACAACUCGACAACGACGAUUCGGGUGACGAUGCGCGGCGAUGCGCAGCAGGAUCAGCUGGAGCAAAUCCACUCGGCCCCUCCCGCCAUGCCCGGCUCAGAGGAAGAAGCAAAAAAGUGGAGCGGAACCGUAGGGGUCGGUGUGGCCAAAGAGGCCCUCCUUUCUCUCCAGUCCCGCUCGACCCAGCCUCAAACCUCGUACGGCUUUCUCGCUUCUCUCCUCCUCACCCUCUCACGUCGCACUACCACGCCGGCAUCUCAUAGGCCCUUACCGCCUGUCUCCCCCUCCAGCUUGGACAGUUCAGCCACGCCCUACGGGGUGACCGUCCUCUCCCAAGUUGGGGGCACCGUGCUCGAACGAGGUCCCGAUGCUACGCCGAGGCCGGGAGACGUCGUCGUACUCGCUCAAGGGGCCGAGUUCCGAGGCAAAAAGAGUGGCGUCCUAGCAGGAACGUACACUGAUGCGUACCCAGGAACGUGCGCUGCAAUCGUUGUAGAGUGGGAGGCAAAGAAACAUAGGUGCAAGGUUGUGGGGGUGUUGCCGAAGGCUGGCGCGAAUGGCGGUUCAGUGGAGGAGACGACGUUGCGAUUUGAUGAUCUUAAGGCUGGCGUGCUGAGGGUGGUCAGGUUGCCUCCUGUGAAGUGGGUGGGGAUUGAGUGAUUCGCGCGGAAACGUACAUAUACUGUAGGAAGAGAGAGAGAGAUGAACAAUAAUGAUGCUUCUAAUGAUCUCACUUCAUUCCGCGGAGGAAAUCAUUGAGACCA